AAUUGGGGACAAGGAAGGCGCCGCUUUGCAGUUCCAUUGACAAGAGAGCCCAGGCUGCCGCUGCUUCAGUGUCACAUGCCUGUGUAGUCGGGCCCCUGCGGACAGCUCUCAGUUGGCCCGGCCUCGCCCCCCGUGCUCUCCUCAAUGCUAGAGAAGUUGAGACCCGCUGCGCCCUUGGACAUGGCGCUCGGUAAAUCGGUGUCGUGGCUGAACGAGCAGCUGGACGUGGCCAACGAGCGGCUUCUUCUGAUGGACUGCAGGGCGCACGAGCUGUACGAGUCGUCUCACAUCGAGGCGGCCAUGAACGUGGCCAUCCCGGGCAUCAUGCUGCGCCGCCUCAAGAAGGGAAACCUGCCCAUCCGGUCGCUCUUUGCCUGUGGGGAGGACCGGGACAAGUUCGCCCGCCGAUGCGGCACCGACACGGUUGUACUGUACGACGAGAACAGCUGCGACUGGAACGAGAACACGGCCGGCGAGUCGGUGCUGGGGCUGCUCAUGAAGCGGCUGAAGGACGAGGGCUGCAGGGCUUUCUACCUGGAAGGUGGAUUCAACAAGUUCCAAUCUGAGUAUCCUAUACAUUGUGAAACCAAUCUGGAUAGUUCCUGUAGCAGUAGCUCUCCACCCGUCCUUGGUUUGGGAGGCCUCCGGAUCAGUUCUGACUCUUCGUCAGAUAUUGAAUCUGACAUUGACAGGGAUCCCAGCAGUGCAACAGAUUCAGACGGUAGUCCUCUAUCCAACCCUCAGCCAUCAUUUCCCGUUGAGAUCUUACCCUACCUUUACCUCGGUUGUGCUAAGGAUUCUACUAACCUGGAUGUUUUGGAAGAGUUUGGCAUUAAGUACAUACUGAACGUGACACCAAACUUGCCUAAUCUUUUUGAAAACGCUGGGGAAUUUAGAUACAAGCAGAUUCCCAUUUCGGACCAUUGGAGCCAAAACCUGUCUCAGUUUUUUCCAGAAGCCAUCUCGUUUAUAGAUGAAGCCCGGGGUAAAAGCUGUGGAGUAUUGGUGCAUUGCUUGGCCGGCAUCAGCCGAUCGGUUACAGUCACUGUAGCUUAUUUGAUGCAGAAGCUGAACCUCUCCAUGAAUGAUGCCUACGAUAUUGUCAAGAUGAAGAAAUCCAACAUCUCUCCUAACUUUAACUUCAUGGGUCAGUUGCUGGAUUUUGAAAGGACAUUGGGGCUUAGCAGUCCAUGUGACAAUCGAGUCCCAGCUCAGCAGUUAUAUUUUACAAAUCCAGCCAACCAAAAUGUAUAUCAAGUUGAUUCUAUGCAGUCCACGUGAAACUGAACUGGCAAUCGUUUGUGGUAAAGAUCAUUCCUCUACAGAAAUCUUUCUCUUUAAAUCUGUCAAAAAGUGUAUUGACAGAUGUGAUUGAUUGGUUCAAGGAGGUCGUUGUUGAGGCGUAAAAAUAAAACCGUUUAUUAAAGUUACAGUUGCACUUGCAAUGGAAGAAAGCUGAUAAGUUUAUGUCUUCAGUUCACUCGGAGAUAAGCCUUAGAUGCCUUGAAAUGAUUUGGCAAAGCUAAUAUGACACUGCCUUUGUAAUGCAGUGGUUUUAGUUCCAAACGAGAGACAGCACAGCUGGACCCAAUAUAAGAUAUUAAUCCUGAAAUGUUUGGAAAGGAGAGGGUGCAGAUCAUUUGUCUUCUGUGAAGACUGGUUCUCCUGAUGUUUAAAGGAGCCAAAGAAUUAUGAGUAAACUUCUGAUGCAUUUGAAGUUUUUUUUUUUUGUUUUUUUUUUGGGGGGGGGGUUGGGCUUUACCUUUUUACAGUUACUGUAAAUAUUAACUUCUCUUACAUAGCACUGUCAUUUCACUUCAUUUACUUUUUUUUGACCUUUAAAAUACGAAGGUGUUUUUUUUUUUUUCUUCUUCUCUUACCCCACACCUCCCUGACAACCUUUAAUAGCAACUGUAGCAUAGCAAUUUAUGAAUUGGGGAUAGGAGGGUUUUUGUACUUUGCAUAAAAGUACUGAUGUAAUUUUGAUUCACAUUAAUGUAUAGCAGGGAUAUUCAACCUUAACUGGCCCAGCUGUGGCAUAGCAUACUACUCCACUGAGUAAGUUGCGGAGUGCUGGGAGGUGUAGUUCUGCAGAAUCUGAAGCACCAGAGGUUGACUAUCCCUGAUGUAUAGUUUUGUUGCCUGAGCUGCUUGUAAGCCCCUUUCUAUUAGUGGUUACUUGUUUUUAACAUAUUAAUUGCUCUGAAAAUUGUUAAUGUGAAUUACUUCUGUCCUUUUUGUUUAGGGAGUUUCACCUAAAAUUCUAUGUUAUGUUUUUUUGUUAUUUUUCCUACAAUAUAAACUGGAAGUAUGUAUGUACCAGUGUCUUGCAAAGCUUUGAUUGCACAUUGAUUGCCAAUAAGGGAGAUAUGUUAACACUCCCGAUUGUCCAAGGAGUAAAGUUUUAUGAUAAAAUUUAUUAUAGACUUGUAAAUCUUUAAAUUAUUAAUAAAUUCCUAUUUUGGUUAUUGAAUAGUG